UCAUGGAAACUUUUUAAAAAGGAACCCUACGUUUAACAGAAAAUGAAGUUGACUAAUUGAUGAAACGCUAACCACAUCUUUUGAAAUAAAGUUAUGAUCAAAUACCAAAUCUAACUCCUAAUUCACAGGAAGUAAUUAGUAGAUAGGCUACAAUCAAUGUGGGUACAAUUGGACAUGUAGCUCAUGGAAAAUCAACUCUAGUGAGAUCUGUAUCUACUAUAAAGUAUUUGAUAUAGUAAUACAUUAAAGCACUGUGCGUUUCAGAUAAGAGAGAGUUAGAAAUAUUACAAUUAGAUUGGGCUAUGCUAAUGCAAAAAUCUUUAAAUGUCCAAAAUGUCCUGAACCUCAAUGCUAUUAAUCAUUUUCAAGUGAGAAGGAAGACAAUGCUUAAUGCGAUAUAUGCAAAGAAGUGAUGACUUUGGUUAGACAUAUAUCUUUUGUUGAUUGUCCAGGACAUGAUAUUCUAAUGUCUACAAUGUUAACUGGUGCUGCUGUUAUGGAUUGUGCAUUACUUAUUGUAGCUGCCAAUAUGCCUUGUCCUCAACCUUAAACUUAAGAACAUUUGGUUGCCUUAGUCAUCACAAAAUUAAAAUAUGUUAUAGUCAUCCAAAAUAAAGUUGAUAUUAUUUUUAGAGAUCAACAGGUAAUUUCAUUAAUAGUGAAGUAAGGCUGCUCUUAGAAAUUAUGAAGAAAUUACAAGAUUUAUUAAAGGAACCAUUGCAGAAGAUUCACCAAUUAUACCAGUAUCCGCUUAAUUGAAAUACAAUAUAGAUUGUGUUCUAUAACAAAUUUGCAAUUUUUUCCCUAUUCCAGAUAGAUAAUUGCAAGUACCACCAAAAAUGAUUAUUAUUAGGUAAUCAUAAUAAAAUGAUAAUUAUUAUUAUAGAUCCUUUGAUGUUAAUAAACCUGGUGAAAAACCUGAAAAUUUACAUGGAGGUGUAGUAGGAGGUUCAAUCCUAUAAGGAAUUCUUUCAGUUGGAGAUGAAGUUGAAAUAAGACCAGGUAGAUAAUCUAAAAAUGGAAAUUAAACAACAUGGCAUCCUAUUACUACAAGAGUUGUUACUCUAUUUGCUGAAUAAAAUGAAUUAGUCUAUGCUGUUCCAGGAGGACUUAUUGGUGUUGGAUUAUUAAUUGAUCCAUCUUUAACUCGUAAUGAUAAUCUUGUUGGUUGUGUAUUGGGAUUCCCAAAAUAAUUACCUGAACUCUAUAGAGAAUUAGAAGUAUGAAAAAAUAAUAAUUUAGAUCAAUUAUUAUUUGAUGGUCUCAGUUGUUGGUGCUUAAUAACAAGAUGGAAAAACUCAAAAGAUUGCAAAGAUUUAAUAAGAUGAAAUGUUAAAAUUUAAUGUCUUAUCAAAUGAAACACCAGGAAGAGUCAUUGAAGUUAGAGAAGAUGUAAAAUAAAUAUAUAUAUUUAUUAGAAAAUAAUGAGAGUUGCUCUUAAUAAUCCAGUUUGUACUGGUUUGUAAGAGAAAGUGGCAUUUAGUAGAAGAUUAAGUAAUAAAUUUAGAUUAAUUGGUUGGGGUAUUAUAACAGAUGGAAAAACAAUCACAUUAUGAAAUGU